AUGCCGUCCGACGGUCGCCAUGGUCCUCGCCGUGCGGCGGGCGAGGACCUCGAGUACGAGAAGCUCGUCGAGCCGAUCGACGAGGGGGAGUUCUGGCAGGGCCCCCUGAUCGUGUGCUGGGGGGCCGAAGAGCUCUAUGCCACGACAAGCCGUACGGGUGCCGUUCGCCAGAAGGGGCACUCGUGCAUGCCGCCUUUCCUGAAGCGUCGUUGGUACGAUGCGAAGGCCACUCAGGUCCAAGUGGACGUUCGUAAUCCGUUGUGCGUCUAUGCCUCUUGGAAGGGGGCGGCCGAUCAGCCGGAGUUCCCCACGGCGUUCGUCAUGGUCUACUUCCUGCUGCAGGCCCUUGUGCCUCUCGAGGGUCGUUCGGUGCUGCAGGUCGUUUGCUCCCAUGGUCGCAAUCGCUCGGCGUGCAUCGGGGUCGCUCUGAGUGCCAUCCUGAACCUCCCGAUCUGGUUGCCGACGUUCGGGGAUGCCCAUUCGGAAUGGUGGGCGAUCGCCCGCCUUCCGGACGAGGACAUCGCCUACUUGAAGGAGUUG